GCGCUGACGGGCCGGGGGAGGUGACGCGGUCGCUGCGAGCGUGCGAGUUCGCUCCCUGAAGAGAGCGCGAUCCGGUACUGGCGUUGUGUUCCCGAAUCUUCUUUUCAGGGAGAUGGCCUUUGCUUCUGAGAUGUAAUGCACUUUCCGUUUAUUAUUCAACAGUGAAAAUGAGUCAUACAGAGGUUAAAUUAAAAAUACCUUUUGGAAAUAAAUUACUGGAUGCCGUUUGCUUGGUACCUAACAAGAGCUUAACAUAUGGAAUAAUCCUUACACAUGGAGCAUCAGGAGAUAUGAAUCUUCCUCACCUGAUGUCCCUAGCAUCGCAUCUUGCCUCUCAUGGGUUUUUUUGCCUGAGAUUUACCUGCAAAGGCCUUAAUAUUGUACAUAGAAUUAAGGCAUAUAAAGCAGUUUUGAAUUAUCUGAAGACCUCAGGAGAAUACAAACUUGCAGGUGUUUUCCUGGGAGGUCGUUCAAUGGGCUCCAGAGCAGCCGCUUCUGUCAUGUGUCAUGUGGAGCCAGAUGAAGCUGAUGAUUUUGUUCGGGGUCUCAUUUGUAUUUCUUACCCACUGCACCACCCAAAGCAGCAGCAUAAGCUCAGAGAUGAAGACCUCUUUCGUCUAAAAGGUCCUGUACUGUUUGUGUCAGGCUCUGCAGAUGAAAUGUGUGAAAAGAACUUACUGGAGAAGGUGGCCCAGAAAAUGCAAGCUCCCAAUAAGAUCCACUGGAUUGAGAAGGCAAAUCACUCCAUGGCAGUGAAAGGACGGUCAACAAAUGAUGUUUUCAAAGAAAUAAAUACACAGAUUUUGUUUUGGAUCCAAGAAAUCACUGAAAUGGACAAGAAAUAAUUAGGUUAAAGCCAUGUUAUUUUGAAUACAAAUACAGUUAAUUUGAUAAAUAACAAUAUACCUCUCAACGUUGAGAUAUAUUUCAGACUAACGUUCCUUAAUGUUGCCCUAUUUUUGAAACACAUUUUAAUUGUGAAAUUAAUAUACUCUAGAAAUGUCUUUGAGAGCAUUGUUAUAGUGUAUGAAGAUGAUGUACAAAUAUUGAAGGUGGUCUAAAUAUAAUUUAUUUUUAUUAGUAUAGUUAAGUUUUGAAAAAAAUUAAACAUUUGAAUUUUGUUACAGUGGUGCUUUUGUCUUACUUGUAUGAGAAAGUACUCCGAUGUUGUGCAGCAGUGUCAUCUUUAAAAGCGAAGUAGGAACUGGGAUUGUUACUCAGUGGGAGAGUACUUGGCCUUGCAUGCACAAGGCCUCGUUUGAAUGCCAAGCACUGCCAAGCAAAAACCAAACGCACUGUCUUAAAUCUGAUCAGAGGUUUAUAGAAUAUAUUCAUCUCUUCAUCUCAUCUUUUAAAGAAUCUCAAGGGAGAGCAGUGGCAAUAUAUUUCAAAUAUGGGAUAUCGAAUGUUCCUGUAGUAAGAAGUAACAGCUUUCAAGAAAAGUUUACUGAAACCCUGUUAGAGGAGGAGAAGUAUUCAGUUUACCAAGAUGAAUAAGCACUUGGAAACUAAGAACGUGCUAUGCAGAAUUCACGGGUAGCCGCUCUCCAAGUAAGGGGAGAAUUGAUGGCUAAACGGUACUACUGAUGCGCUAUAUCUAGGCAGAGUCAAGGUUUAAUUUUAUCUUGGGAAAUUUGUUUCCUGAAUUGGACUUUGAACAGUAUUAUAUAUAAAAAAUUGAUAUAUCCUAUAAAGUGCACAGGAUGAUGAGGUUGAUGUUAAAGAAAUUUGUAAUAAAGAAUGGUGUUGUAAGAAAUCUAUCCAUUCUCUUGCUUUCCUGUUGCUUUUAAUGGUAGACCUUUCGUACAGCCUUGGAUGGCCUACAUGACUUUCUGUGUCUUCAGGUUUCUCAUUCUUUUUGCCCUGGUAGUCAGUGGGUUUUAAUUAUAUUUUACUUUGCAAAAUAUAGCAUAAAUGAGCCGGUGAGAUAGCUCAGCGGACUAAGUGCUUGUUAGGCAAGUACAGGGACCGCGGUUUGAUCUCUGGCACCAUGUGUUGUGCUGGCCCCACCUGGGGCAUGGUGAACCAGCCAGAGAUCAGGUGUGCUGCACGCCUGUAAUCCCAGCGCUGGGGAGGCUGAGCACAGGAGGAUCACCAUGAGUCUGAGCUGCAUCGCUAUACCCUGUACCAAAUACAUUUUUUAAAAAUGCACAAAUGAAGACCUACGUGUCAACAUCCAGAUCUUUUAUGUUACAAAAUAAAAUCAUGUACAACUAUAACUUCAAGUUUCCUGAAUAACCUAAUAUAUAAUAGUUUCUUCUGGACUUGUUGAACAAGGUCUUACUUUUUAAAAGAAAAGUAUAAUUAAAGAUAGUAAACAUUUGAAAUGUUAAGUGUCAAAACAUGGUAAGUGAAAAAAUUCAGCUAACAAUUAUAAUCACUGGCCUAUUAAAAAUUACAAAUCAAUUGUGGAAUGAUAUGGUGAACCAGAAAUAAAACUAAUGCGAAAUACUAUACAAAGGACAACUUAUAAAUUAGAAUGUACUGUACUGGUAAAAAGACUAGCUUUAAAAGUUUACUGGUCAGGCCAUGUAAUUGUAAUACUGAAAUUACCAUAUUAAACUAUACGUAUAGAUAUUUCCAGCUGGAAAUUUUGAUGUCUCGGGUGGCUCCACAAUAGGCCCUACCAACAUUCCAGCCUUUCCCCUCUUCGGAUUCUGACCUGUAACAGUGCUAUAGCUAAUCUGGAAUGUACAAAGUUGUAAAGGAAAGUCUGCUUUUCUUCUUCCUGAAACUUGGUCAGUCUUUCUUAGCAAAUCUUGCUCAUUGUUUAAGGAUCUCAAAACAAUUUUCCCAUUCUUUGCAGCUUUCAUUUAUAUAUCUUUAUGGUCCUAGGUUCCUAAGGCAUUCUGUUUGUAAGCUACUUCCUAGGGCUUUUUAAAAUAAUUUUUUAAAUACAGACAAAAUAUGUUUACUGGUUAAUAUUUACCAAAAUAUAGAUAAAAAUAUUAAAUGACAAACAUUUUCCAAUUUCUAUAGGCAAUGUUUUGCUCAAGAUUUGUUGGGAAAGGGAUUAUGUGGUCAAAUAAGUUGAUGUGGUAGACAUUUUUCUAAUGAAUGAGAAUGAGCUUAUAUAUUGACGACUUAGAUAAGAAAAGUCAGUCCCAAAACAAAUGUUUUUCAAACUAUAACAUCCUGAUCCAUAAAUCCUGAAAAUGUUUUAUGUUAAAUUAUGUUAUGCUAGGUACAUCUUACCGGGACUAUUAACCUAAAUACCUACAACACUGCAAAGGAAAAGUAAAAGGUUUAUUUGUCUACAUUUGAAUUUAUAGUCAACCAAAUAAGAGAUGUUUGGAAUAAAUGCUAAAAAAUUCCAUUAUCAUGCCUAAGAAUUUAUUUUAUAAUCAUAAAAUAUUGUAAAUUCUUUUUUCUCCAACUGUCAUUUUUUAUAU